AUGAGCAGUCGUAAGGUUAUCGUCUCGGUUAACCAUACCAAGAACAAACAAGUCAAGGGGGUGGAGAAGGAGAUUGAAACUUGUCUCAGGCUGAUGAAGCAGGAAAUCACCGAUAAGGAAUCAUUGAUCAAGAUGCUUCGUAAUGAAGGGGUUUAUUUAAGUGAAAAGUUGGAAGACGUUGAUAUCUACAGAAGAUCGAAGAAGAAGAAGAGAUAUGUUUUAUUGGAACACCAAGAAGACUUUUUAGCUAUGAUGAGAAGCUUAAGAGUGAAAAAUACAUGUAAGCUUAUUGUAGUUGAUAAACUGUUGGAUUUCAAAUGGCUGAUUGAUGAGAAGGGAUUGUCCAAGAUGAAGGAUGUUUUGAAUGAUUAUAAUAAGAAACUUUUGCACGUUUGCUCUGAUUUUAUUUCCGCCUUACAAUCAGAAUUGGAUCCAAGUGGUAUGAAUAAUGAUGUGCCAAAGCCUGCAUCAGCACCAAUAUCAGCAUCAGGUCUCGCUCCUGCUCCUGUUAAGCCAUCACAAGUAACCUCUGACAUUCAUUCUGAAGCAACUCACUCAGAACCUUCUCUGGUUGCUCCUACCGUCAGUUGUGAUGGCUGCUGUAUCAGAAGAUUUAUUCCCAUGUACGGAACAAUCUAUCAUUGUGAAGAGUGUCCUGAUUUUGAUUUAUGUGGUAAUUGCUACAAGAAACAAGAUGAAUUGAAAAACUCUACUCAUAAAUCAUCUCAUAACAUGACAAGGAAAACAUUAGCUUUUUCCUUAGAUGAAAAGUCAAAGCAAGUUCAUCCAUAUAUAUCUUGUGAUACAUGUGCAUGUGAAAGCAAACCUUUUAUUGUUGGUGAAAGGUUCAAAUGCUUGGAAUGUCCAGACUUUGAUAUGUGUGGAGAUUGUGUUCUGAAUAGAGAUAAUAUUCCAAAUCAUAAAAUGGGAUAUCAUAAACUAGAACACACUAUGGUAAAGAUAUCAAAUAGCAGAAAUGUGGACAUUGAUCAUCUGCCUAGCAGACCAAAUGUUUGUCCUUUUGCUUCUUCUUAUUGCAAGGCUUCUCAAGUACCUUUUGAUUCUAGUUUGGAUACAAAGGAAGUCUUUGUCAAUACUACUACUGAGAACAAGAACAUUAUUAAAAAGUUCUUUGAUAAUGAGGACUGGCCAAAAAAUAUUAUCAAGUUUGAUGCUCUUGUUGAAAAGGCUAAGAGAUAUGAUGAUUUAUUGAAUCUGCUUGAUGUUGAUGGAGAUGUCAAUGAAGAUACAAAGUUUGCUGUUCUACAAAGCUUUAUUGAAUCAAUUCCUCGUGAAAAGGAUCGACCAGUUGCAGUUUCGAUUCCUGUGGUUGAGGAGUCUAUUGAAGAACCUCCAAGCAAGAUUCAAGAAAAAUCAGCAACUAGUUCUCCUGAAUUGUAUGUUAAUGUUGAAUCAAGUUUUGAAAGGAUUUCCCCUCUGUUAUCGAGAAUCUCUCUUCAUAACAAGGGACCAAGUGUGUUGAAUGGAGGUGAUUUAUCAGUUGAAAUUUAUUCCAAUGUGGGAGUUCAAGUUUAUAACAAGACUAUCAACGAUUUUCCCCCAAUUUAUCCUGGAAGUACUCGCAAGUUAAAUAUUGACUUUGGUAUUGAAGAUUACGACAAGUUUUCAUUGUACGUUGCUACUGGAACACAAUCAUUCAAUUGGAAUUUUGCACGUCAAUCUGCUUUGUCUUGGAUCCAAGUUGAACCUGAGGAAGGUUUUAUUGUCAAAAAUAUGGAGAUUGAACCCAAAGUCGAGAACAAAGAUGUGGAGAUGAAUAUUUCACAAGAAGUAAGCGUGGUACUUCCCAAAUAUGAAUCUGAAACUGAAGCUCAAUUAACAGGCAAUGAAACUGAUUCACCAUCUGAAGCUGAAGAUUUACUUAAGGAUGAAAAGAACUUUGUUGAAUCUGUUCAUGCAGUUAUUUUACCCACCUUACUUAAGGACUCGACUUCAUCCUCCACGCCAUUUGUGGAUGCUCAUAAUGAAGUUGAAUCAGAGGAUACGCCCAAAGAGAGCGAUAAUGAGAAUGAGAAUGAGAAUGAGAGUGAGAAUAUGGAUGAUUAUGAUAUGAUGAGCAGUGAUGAAGGAGAAUCAGAUCUUGAAGAAUAUGAGAUUUUAUCUCCUGUUAUUUCUCAUCCAGGAUCACAAUGA